AAACUUACUGCUGUCAGAGACAGCACACUGCUUGCUGUCUUCAGUUGUUUCUGUAACGACAGAAAGUGCACCUACUUGGAGUAGUCUGAAUUCAAAAUGCUGAAGAGAAAACCAUCCAAUGUUUCAGAGAAGGAGAAACAUCAAAAGCCAAAGCGCAGCAGCAGCUUUGGAAGCUUUGAUCGUUUUCGGAAUAAUUCCAUAUCAAAACCAGAUGAAUCCACCGAGGUGUAUGAGGGGGAGCCUAUAAAUGAAAGUGGAGAAAAAAAUAGAAAUUCAAAUCAUGGAGGAAGUUUAGGCAAAAGAAUGAGAGCCAUUUCCUGGACAAUGAAGAAAAAAGUGGGUAAAAAGUACAUCAAAGCCCUUUCUGAGGAACAGGAUGAAGACGAUGGAGAGGAUGCCCUCCCGUGUCGGAACAGUGACCCCAUUAUUGGGACCCAAACAGAGAAGCUCUCCCUCAAAGCCAGUGAUUCCAUGGACAGUCUCUACAGUGGGCAGAGCUCAUCGAGUGGAAUAACAAGCUGUUCAGAUGGCACAAGUAACCGGGACAGCUUUCGACUCGAAGAUGAGAGCCCCUACUCUGGACCAUUCUGUGGCCGUGCCAGAGUGCACACCGACUUCACGCCAAGCCCCUAUGACACGGACUCCCUCAAAAUCAAGAAAGGAGACAUCAUAGACAUAAUCUGCAAAACACCAAUGGGGAUGUGGACAGGAAUGUUAAACAAUAAAGUGGGAAACUUUAAAUUUAUUUAUGUGGAUGUCAUCUCAGAAGAGGAAUCAGCCCCCAGGAAAAUAAAAACACACCGGAGGAGUGGAAGAGAAAAAUCCAAGAACCUGCAGGAAUUCUUAGAGAGGAUUCACCUUCAGGAAUACUCAUCAACACUUUUGCUCAAUGGUUAUGAGACCCUAGAAGAUUUAAAGGAUAUAAAAGAGAAUCAUCUCAUUGAAUUAAACAUUAAAAACCCUGAAGACAGGAAGAGGUUACUAUCAGCUGCUGAAAAUCUCCUUGAUGAAGAAAAAAUAAAGAAGAAUGACUUCUAUUUGUUGAUAAGAUGUGGAGUUCUGAUGAUUCGGCACCAUGCUGCUACAUGCUUAUUUUUAUCUAUUCUCUAUUUUAAUCAUAUCUCCUACAACCAUGCCAAAGAUUAAAUGCACAACCUUCAUGUACCUUCAGUGAUAAAGACCUUGAAUAUAUGGUUAUAUUAAAACUAAGACAAAUGCAUGUCACAGGUUAAAAAUAGUUAGCUUUUUGUAUGUGUGUGGAAGAACGGGGUAUGCAGAUUGGCCAGAAUUUUAUGUAUGUAUUUUAUUCUGAUCAUUGAAUAAUGUCAGUUUGGGAAAGACAAUAAAUUUCUAGUUUAGAGCUUUGAUCUUUCUUAGGUUGGGAAUUGGAAUGUUUUACUUUGCUAACCAUUCAAUAUAAAAACUGAGCAGAGUGGGCACCUGUUUUGAGGACAAGAAUAAAAACUUUGAGAUAAUGUAGAAAGAUCACAGUCCCAUGUGAGCCUUUAACCUGUCUAGAGAACCAAGAUAAUUGGGACUGAGAUAGGAACAAAAACAGAAAACUAAGACUUAAAGCAAGCACUUUUCCUUUCUCUAGAUAGCAUUUUACCCUCUUUGACUUUGAAGAUGUAAAUAAAAUUAAACUUUGUAGAUUACUGUUUGACAGA